ACACUGCCAAACACUUACACAUACCUGCGGAUACAGUGAAGCUGAGACUAUGGUGAAUGUGUUGGACUUUAAGAAAAGCAUUGGCCUUUGGCACAGUGUUCAAACAAGUGUGUUGAAUAUGUUACAUGUGGUCAGUGUUCCAUAUGCAGUUAUGAAAGUAAAUCCUCUGUCCUGGAUCCAGAACGUCUGCCAGUACAAAGCUAAGGUGGCUUGUGUGAAGAGUAGGGAUCUACACUGGGCUUUGAUGGCCUACAAAGACCAGAGUGACACCACCAUGAGCUCUCUGAGAAUGCUGCUGAUCGCUGAUGGAUCAAACCCCUGGUCGAUAUCCUCCUGUGACGCAUUCUUGAACGUGUUUCAGAGCAUGGGCUUGAGGUCAGAGGUCAUAUGCCCGUGUGCUGGCUCCCCCGAGGCCCUAACUGUAGCUGUGAGGAGGCCUCAGGAGGGCAGCUCUAAGCCAGCAGGCCAAGGAGUCCUAAGUAUGACGAAUCUGAGUCAUGGGGUCAUCAGAGUGGACACGGGAGAGAAGCUGUCCGUCCUCACCCUACAGGAUGUGGGCACAGCCAUGCCAGGAGCAAUGGUGUGUGUUGUUAAACUGGAGGGUGUUCCUCAACUGUGUAAAACCGAUGAGAUUGGAGAGAUCUGCGUGUCGUCUGUUGCCACGGGAACGUCAUAUUAUGGGCUUUCAGGAAUGAGCAAGAACACAUUCGAGGUGUGUCCAGUGGCAUGUGACGGUGGAUUUGUCAGCGAUUGCGUUUUCGUGAGGUCAGGUCUGCUGGGGUUUGUGGGUCCGGGUGGGAUGAUCUUCAUCUCUGGUACACUUGAAGGACUGAUGCAGGUCGGGGGUCGGAAACACAGUGCUGAUGACAUCAUCGCUACCGCUCUUGCUGUUGAGCCCAUGAAGUUCAUCUAUAGAGGAAG